AUGACCUAUCACGAGGACUAUAUUGCCUGGAUUCACAAUGUUGUUCACAUGCCGACGUUUCACAGCCUCAAUGCGGUGGAUUUUAUGAAGAACCAUAGCAUAUACAGCGUCCAAGCCAUUUGCCUCCUGAUUUACAUCGGGCACAAUUCAGGACAGUCAGAUAGAAUUUCCGUUCUACUUGCGAGCGCAAGUCGAAUUGCACAAUGCCUCGGUAUUCAUCGUCUAGGCUCCGAAACGCCCCUCCGCAUUCUCAAAUGCGAUGACCCAGAUACCAGAAGCAAACUUUUAAUUGAUCGUGAAGUCUCUAAGAGAGCGUGGUGGUUUUUAGUGCGACAGGAUUGGCUACAAAUCCCAUUCAACAACACCUACAAUAUCCAUCCUUCCCAAUUCGACACCGAGAUGCCCAAAAACUGCUACGAGGACGUUUCAAAAAUGGGUCUGCCAACGGAUAUUGUUGAGCAGAACAAAGAUCGCUACUCACAAGGAAGCUAUACAUUUGUUCUCAAUAAAGGUGUCGUCUAUCAAAAUGAAAAUUCUUAG